CGCCUGCCCGGUGCGGACCGCUCUUCGGUGGGGACCCCCGGGCGAUUGGGACCCGCCGCCCGUCGGGGCGGGCUCGGAGCGCAGCAUGGACAGCGUGCAGCUGCAGGACUUCGCGGCGGGCUGGGUGGGCGGAGCUGCCAGCGUUGUUGUUGGUCACCCCCUGGACACCAUCAAGACUCGUUUGCAAGCUGGGCAAGGCUAUGGAAAUACACUCAGUUGUGUUCUCACUGUGUACAGAAAUGAGUCUGUGGUUGGCUUCUUCAAAGGCAUGUCCUUCCCUCUGGCCACCAUGGCUGUCUACAGCUCCGUGGUGUUCGGUGUCUUCAGCAACACGCAGCGGCUCCUCAGCCAGCUCCGGCAUGGAGACCCGGAUAGCACACCGGUGCUCGGCGACGUGGCUCUGGCCAGCAUGGUGGCUGGGUUCAUCUCCGUGGGUAUCGGCACUCCUGUGGACCUGGUAAAGAUAAGGCUCCAGAUGCAAACGCAGCCGUACAUCCAAGCAAACAUGAAACUAAAGCCCACAGUUCCUGGAUUUCCUGUGUAUCGAGGUCCAAUUCACUGCAUCAAGACAGUCCUACAGAAAGAGGGGAUAGCAGGAAUAUACCGAGGCGCAGGAGCAAUGCUUUUGAGGGAUGUUCCUGGGUACUGCCUCUAUUUCAUCCCUUACACAAUCUUCUGUGGCUGGAUUACUCCUGAUGGAUGCAUUUCCCCUAAUCCCUCCUCCAUCUGGCUGGCAGGGGGAGUAGCAGGAGCCAUUUCCUGGGGGACUGCUACUCCAAUGGACGUUGUGAAAAGUCGGCUUCAGGCUGAUGGAGUUUAUUUGAGCAAGUACAAAGGGACCCUUGACUGCAUCUUGCAGAGCUACCAGAACGAGGGCUUAAAAUGUUGCUGGGAACACCUGGAAGCCUCCUACUGUCCUGAGCCAAACCAGCAGUGUGGUGUUGGAGAGGGAUCAGCUGCUCUGACCGAAGACUCUCAUCCUGCACCGACAGCAUCUGCUUUCUCUUCUGCCAUGGACUUAGUCCCUGGAGGACACUGAAAACUGCACCAGCUCCAUCAAAUCCAAAGACUGUUUUCUUAUCACAUCUUUCCCUCUUUUGUCUCAGAGCACCUUCAUUAUCCCCAUGGUGGUGUUGGGCUUUAUCACCAGUGACAUUUUCCUAUUGAGCCAAGAGAACAACUUGCUUCCCUUACCCACAAGUGAGAUACACCCAAACCAACCCACCAACAUCAGCCACGGAGCAUCGUUUGUAUGACAUUGUAUAUAAUGCUCCUCUUUGUGAGCAAGGAAAGGGGGAGGUGAGGUGGGUGUGCAGGGCCCUUUGGUCCAGGAAGGGCUGGAUUCCCACCAAAUCCUGGCUUGCUUUCAGGAUCAAAAGAAUGGAUGACUCUACCCAUACGAAU